AUGAGAGAGUGGUAGAUAUAUGUAGAAAUAUAACACAAACAAAGGUUCUUCAAAGAACUCCAUAGCCAUCGGCUUGACCAAUGACCAUCCAGGUACAAUGGACUCAAAAGCCUGUGGUAGUUCUAGAAACCAAGAUUCACAUCAACACGUGUGAAACAGACACUCCGCACCUCAAAUUCUGCCACGCAAGCAAAAUGUGGACCCCAUCACUUUCCAUAAUCAAAGCCCCACGAACUGACUAUUUUCUCUUAUUUUGUCUUUUUCUCCCAUAUAAAAACCAUCUUGCACCUGCUAAUCUUGCUCAAAGCCAUGCAAAAGCACCAUGGAGGAGGACCCAAGAGGGAAAACCAUGGAUGAGAAAGAAACUGGUGGCGAGGUUCGAUACCGUGGUGUAAGGCGUCGGCCUUGGGGGAAGUACGCGGCGGAGAUUCGGGAUUCGACCAGGCACGGUGCCAGGGUGUGGCUCGGGACUUUCAACACUGCUGAGGAAGCUGCUCGAGCUUAUGACCGAGCAGCUUAUACCAUGAGAGGUCAUUUGGCAGUUCUCAAUUUUCCUGAAGAGUACCCUUCAGCACCUGGUACUACCUCUGCUUCUUCUUCUUCCUCUUCUUCAUCAAUGCCUUCCGGGAGGACCAAUACUUCUGCUAGUGAACAUGGAAGACAACAAGUUUUCGAAUUCGAGUGUUUGGAUGAUAAGCUUCUAGAGGAGCUUCUUGAUUAUAGUGAGAAGAAGAACAAGAAAUAAAAAAAAGGUAGAAGAUUUUAAAUUAAGCUCGCUAAUUCCCCCAUUUUGCAAUCCGGGAUAUGUUUGAAUAAUUUUCCCCAAUUUCCCAAACUCUUUUUUUUUGUUUUCCUUGUUUUUGUUUCCUUGAAAAAAAAGUUUAAUAUGCUAAGAUCAAUGAUUUCCUUUCUGU